AUCAGAAUGUCAGGUAAAAAUAGUAAUGCGUACAACUCUUUUUCUCCACUUUGUGAUAAUGUCCGAGUUGCCAGAACUCCCACGGUCAUUAGAGCUGCCUGGUUCACUACGGCGGCAGUCAUCACAACGCCCUUCUUAUCGCCAUGCGAAUCUGGUCAAGCCCGAAGUACCGCCUCAUUUACUUAAGUUACUCCAGAAAACUCCAGAGGAGCAAGAACGCGUAGCAGCCGCCAAAGCGAUUCUGAUGGACGAACCGGCAAUGCGAAAUGAACAGAGCUUGGACCUUGUUUACAGUUGGAUGCUGCAAAAUUGCAAGCAGUACAGCAACAACAUCUUCGGUGCAGCUCCAGAGUAUAUUCGUCGUGAAAUCUGCCGGCAGAUGCGACUCAUGAAGGUGAAAAGCGGAGGUCUCGUCAUCCGACAAGGUGACACUGGAGAUCGAUGCUAUAUCGUCGUGGACGGACUUGUGGACGUGUAUGUCAAAAUAGAGAAGCCGGGAGAGGUCAUAGUGACUCCAGCUUCACCCCCUCCUAUGUUAUCUACUAUAAAACAACGACGCACGUCCAGACGUUUGAGCUCAGAAGUCAACUCAGCACCAGUCGACUUCGGUGCUAUGGUGGCGAAUCUUGGACCCGGAGCAAUGUUCGGUGAAAUCGUGCUGCUCAACCCGUCAGCGAAGCGCAAUGCUACCAUUAAAGCCUCACAGUUUACGGACAGCUGCGAUUUGAUUUGUCUAGAACGUGCUGAUUACAUUCGUCUGGUUCGUACUGCGUCUAUGGAGGCAUCGCACUACAAUAAUGCCGAGGUUCUCGACAGGAUGUUCCUCUUUAAAGACUGGGUGAAGCUCGAGAAAAUGCGUCUUGUUAGUGCGAUGAGGUCACGACACUUUACAAGCAACGAUUACCUCUAUCGAGCCGGUACCGAUGCGAAAUGGAUGUACAUCGUGACUUCGGGUGAAGUGAUGGAGCGUAUCAAUUGGACCCUCGAUGCAGCAGGGAGUGAUGUGACCAUGCGGCGACUUCUCUUGUCCCAGACCUCUUCACGAAAAAAUCCCGAGAAAAUUGUCAACGUGGAGCUUACACUCAUCGGCCCUGGGGAUAUCGCUGGGGAGCUACCUUUCGUUACUUCAAAACGCGGAGCUAAUUUCGACAUUAAAGCCGUGACAGACGUGCAAGCACUUGCCAUCGAUCGACGCUACUACGAGGCUGUGAUGCUCACUGCUACACGUGAUAAUAAACCCGAAGUCUUCGCAACUGUGAAAAGAUUGCGAAAAUUCAGUCAAGACCGUGAAGAUUGGCGUCAGCAGCGAAUGGAGUGUGGAAUUUCGUAUCCCAGUGCGCACGUCAACAUGUAAGUGUACUCGGCUCCAAUUUUUGAUGCUUUAGCUAAUCUAUUGUGUAGCACUUGGCAUUUGAUGCGCAUGUCGAAUGUUCCUUGUCCAAGAUGUGGACAACGAGGUCACUUGGCUGCGGAUCUCUCCAAAUGUGACAGCGCCCCACCUCGUCAACCACCACCAAGCAACAAUGGAAACACUGGAGCGAAACACGCAUCAUCUGCAGCCCUAAGACCACGAAAAGUGUCGACAGCAAGAUCACCACCACGGAAUCACAGGAAGGAUGACAACCAACAUCCCAAAACAGCACGUCCAGACACCGCCAUUCGUGAUCUUUUCGAUGAUUCGUAUCUUCCAUCAGGGAAAGAACAGCUUCAACGAUGUCGAGAGAGGAGAUUAUUGUCAUAAUUUUUCACGUCUCUUAUCUAGGUAGUUUUCUUUUUUCAAGACUAAAGAUACUGUGUUCUCGUCGGCCAUGCACUGUUACAGCAAACUGCAACUACUUAGACACCAACAUAUUUUCGUUAUGUUCGGUCGAAGGCCAGAUCCCGUUCUGUAUUCUUGAUCAAUAGUAAUCCUAAACAAUAAAAUCAAUGUCCUUC